CGAACCCACUGCUUAGUUCGCCUCGUUAUGUUAUUUUCUUCCACUUCAUGUGAGUUUGUAUCACACACAUCCGCCAUGAUGCCAGUAUUGUGACAAGUGUGUUGUUAUCUUUCCUACUGAGCACAAAGAUGGAGAAAGGGAAAAAAUGAACUAUGCAAUCUAUUCACGUUUAAAUAGAGCAAAAAUAUAUUCAUGUAAUUACAUUCCACACAUCUAAAUAAGUAUACUUUCGAAUUCUGUAUUUCGCUAUGCAGGAACUUGGGGUCGGAGAUUAAAUACCGCCAUCUUUCUGAAAUAUCGGCAGUCAUUUUUCUCCAGUGUUAUUGCGUAGAUUUGUGUGCUACAUUUUGGUACGAAGCGAAAUGCCAGUUAAAGUGGAUAUUGUGCCACCCCCACCUGCAAAUUCGAAACAGCCUGGUGUCACGAGAUCUUUAUUAUACAAUGGUUCUAAAUUCCAGGGUCAUCAGAAGUCGAAAGGGAACAGUUACGAAGUGGAAGUUGUUUUACAGAGUAAAUUUAACUCUUUUUAUCAAUAUGCCAAAACAUUCAAUUCUGAUAGUUUUGACUAUGAAGGAUUGAAAUCAACAGAUUAUGUAUUUAUGAGAUGGAAAGAGCACUUCUUAGUUCCUGAUCAUACUAUUAAAGAUAUCAACGGUGCUUCAUUUGCUGGUUUCUACUACAUCUGCUUCCAAAAGUCUGCAGCUACCAUAGAAGGGUAUUAUUAUCAUCGAAGCUCUGAAUGGUACCAAUCAUUGACCUUAAGUCAUGUUCCAGAGCAUAGCAUACAAAUCUACGAGUUCAGGUGAAACAAGAACUAUCUUACGAAACCAGUCGGUAUGAACUUUGAACCUACCCCAACGAUGUAGCGAAUUCCCCGGUAAUUUUUUGUGUGGGUGAAUAAAUGAAGAUGCAAGAUAAUUUCUGUGCACUUGUAUAAGAAACUGCAUGAGUGAAUCUCCUAAUUUUUGCUUGUACAGUGUUAAAACCGUUUUUGUGAAAAUGUUAAUUUAAGAAAAUUGUUGAUUUAUUUGGCAGCUAUUUAUAUAUUAUAUAUAUAUAGAGAGAAAGAGGAACAUUUUACUUUCUUAGUGAUGCGUUACUUCUAACCUGUGCCCUGUUAUUAAAGCAAGCUACAAUGACUUAUUAAAAAUGCUAUUUAUUAUCCUUUGUAUAUUCUUGCUAACUUAUCUUUUGUAAUAUAGCUUAUGUACUAUAACGGUGUCAAUGGAUUUCUUUUCAUUGUAUUGGUGUACUGUUGCAAAUCACUCACAACCCGCAGGUCGGGUAUGAAUACACAAGCUUUCUUAGAACCACUUUAAUUGCUUCUUAUAUGCCAGGACAAAAAGAAUUGUGGCAAAAACUGAAUAUAAAAGUAACCGCUCUACAGCUACAGUUAUUAGUCAAAUGUGGUAUGCACAUAUUACAAUGGACGGUAAGAAUGUAUUGAAAAUAUGUUAUUACAUUUUGUUAAUGCAUGAAUUAUGAAAAUGGAUGGAUUUGUAAAAGUGAAAUCUUGCAACACAAAAAUUAUA